GCUAGUGGAGCGGAAGAUGGCGGCGGCAGCGGUGGCUGCAGCCGGGAUCCCAGUCGGGCUGAGGCGGAGGUGCCGCCGGCUUUGACCUCGCUCUGGCUCCGGUGCGCGCGGCGGGGCGUGUGCGAGGCUCCGCGAGGCGGGCACGGGCGGCGGCAGUGACCGCGCGCCGCCCUGAGGAGCGCCCGAGCGGCGGCGCGGCUGCGGCUGAAGAGAGAACCGGCUCCGGGCCUCCGCGUCCUCCUGCUUCUCGGGCCCCCCGCCUCCUUGGGGGGGCGGCGGCGGCGAUGUUCUCGGUCCUCUCGUACGGGCGGCUGGUAGCCCGCGCCGUGCUCGGCGGCCUCUCGCAGACCGACCCCAGGGCCGGCGGCGGCGGCAGCGGCGGCGACUACGGGCUGGUGACGGCCGGCUGCGGCUUUGGCAAGGACUUCCGUAAGGGCCUCCUCAAGAAGGGUGCGUGCUACGGGGACGACGCGUGCUUCGUGGCCCGGCACCGUUCAGCGGACGUACUUGGGGUUGCAGAUGGUGUAGGAGGAUGGAGAGACUAUGGAGUUGAUCCGUCUCAGUUCUCAGGGACUUUAAUGCGGACAUGUGAACGGUUAGUAAAAGAAGGACGGUUUGUCCCGAGUAAUCCCAUUGGAAUCCUCACCACAAGCUACUGUGAGUUGCUGCAAAAUAAAGUACCUUUGCUUGGUAGCAGUACUGCCUGCAUUGUGGUGCUGGACAGAACUAGCCACCGCUUACACACAGCAAACCUGGGCGAUUCAGGCUUUCUGGUUGUCAGGGGUGGCGAAGUUGUGCACCGAUCAGAUGAGCAGCAGCAUUACUUCAACACUCCAUUCCAGCUGUCAAUUGCACCACCAGAAGCCGAAGGAGUCGUCUUGAGUGACAGCCCGGAUGCUGCUGAUAGCACAUCUUUUGAUGUCCAGUUAGGAGAUAUUAUCCUGACAGCGACAGAUGGACUCUUUGACAACAUGCCUGAUUAUAUGAUCCUGCAGGAGCUAAAAAAGUUAAAGAAUUCAAAUUAUGAGAGUAUACAACAGACAGCAAGAAGCAUUGCUGAGCAAGCUCAUGAGCUGGCCUAUGACCCAAAUUAUAUGUCACCUUUUGCACAGUUUGCAUGUGACAACGGACUGAAUGUGAGAGGUGGAAAGCCAGAUGACAUCACCGUCCUUCUUUCCAUAGUGGCUGAGUAUACAGACUGACACACCUAGGUGUCAACUCCUGCCUUUC